AUGCGAAGAACGAAUUACGCUGCUAGUGCCAUUUAUGUCAGCAAAGCGUUCGACCAGGCAUCAAAGAACUCAACGUUGGAUAUGGCGAACGAUAUAAAAGAAGCGUUCCACGGAAUGCUUGUCGAAGAAGACUGGAUGGACAAUGCUACAAUGAAGGCUGCUUCUGGGAAAUUGCAAGAGAUGUUAAUUAAAGUCGCGUAUCCAGAGUUCAUCCUCAACAGCAGGAAACUGGACAACUACUAUGACAACUUCUCCGUAGAAGAAACGGAUUCGUACAGUCAGAUGGUAGAGAAACUGUCACGAUGGAAAAUAGAAUUUGAUUUGAAGCGCCUUUCUAAGCCCGUCGAUCGAACUGAGUACGAUUUCAAUGCUGCAGUUGUCAACGCCUACUACGACUCCACCUCGAACUCGAUAAAAUUUCCUGCCGCUUUUCUUCAAGCGCCUUUCUUUCAUCAUUCCUUCCCAAGAGCGCUCAACUACGGAGGACUUGGAGCUACGAUAGGGCACGAAAUCACGCACGGAUUUGAUGACGGAGGUAAGCAAUUUGACGCGUUGGGUAACCUUCGCGACUGGUGGAACGCGAACACUACGCAAAAGUUCGGUGAACGAGUACAGUGUAUGAUCGAUCAAUAUGGGAGGAUUGAGGUGCCAUGCACUGCUCUGAAGCUGAAUGGUAAACUCACCCAAGGAGACAACAUUGCUGACAAUGGAGGAUUGAAGCUAGCAUUCAGAGUUAGUCCUAAGUAG